AUGCGCUUGUAUGCUUCUCGUUUCCGCGCGCUCCUAGUGCUCCUCGUCGCGAUCAGUGCCCACAAUGCUGCUAAGGCCUCAACCUGCAAGACUCUGCUCGACUCCAGCAGUACCUUUAACAAAUCCCUGGCCUCUUGGACUGAAACCGAUCUCUCCCCGAUCGACUUCUCCACUGUGUUCAAGGAGAUCGACACUGCUCUUCCAUGGUUGUCCAAGUGCGUUGCCGCCGUCGACCCCAAGGCUAUCUACACGUCGGUGGCCAGCUCCUCGUCCGUCAAGAGCUGCUUCUCCGCUCUCGAGAACUUCGAUGGCGAGCUUGGCACCAACGACGGAUGGUCGAGUAUGUGCACCAUGACUGAGAAUACCAUCAUGCCGUGUGUCAAGUCCGUGAUGACCGACAAUAUCAUGGACGCUCUGAGCAGUACUGGAGGCUGCUGUGACGACUUCCUCGACGAAGUGAAGACGCUGUUCGGCGAUUCACUUGGUGAGUUUGUGAUUAAACUCGCUGAACUUGGCGCCAACAUUGCGUGCAGUGAAAGGACGUUCACAAAUCUUAAGAGUGCUUCAACCAAAGAGAUGUGCGGCUACUCCAUUUACAACUCCUUCACCUUUAUCGAGUCGGACGAGGAGGUAUCGUCUCUCAUGAAUCUGGCUGAAAUCCCGAACGACCAAAUGUGCGAUGCAUUUGCUGGCAACGCCUUCACCAACACGGACGGCAAAAAAGUCACAAUCGGAUUCGGAACUAACGGUGCCGAUACCAUGGGCAUCUGUCUCGAUCCUAUCGAUACCUUCACCAGCUACAUGAAAUCGUGGGGUGUCUUUUCGGGGACUUUGAAUGUAGGUGGCAAGAGUGUACCACUAUCAGAUCUCUUCACAUCGGACAAGUCGAUUACUGGGGAUGUAUUUUUCUCAUACGCCACAACGUCGUCGAAUCUACCAUUGAUCGGACUUCGAGCCACGGAUAAAGUGAUCAAAGCUCUGAGUGGAGACGACGAAGAUAGGGGCGACACAUAUUUGGAGGAUUGGUUCGUGGGCAUGCUCAAUGAUAUGAAGGAGGACGCUAAGGCGUUGAAUCUCCACAUCCCGAACAAUGGUGACUGCAGCUACUCGGACCAGUCGAUCACCCUGCCGAACGAGGAUGCGGCCAGCGCAGCAGUUAAGGCUGCCAGUGCAGCUUCUUCGAUCAAGCUUUCGGGCCUUGUGACGGCCGGUAUCGCGAUGAUCUCGACGGCAUUACUGACUGCGAUACUAUAG